UGAAGGCAGCAUUAGGUUACACUCGAGUCAGUCGACUACUUUGUCCCUCUGACCCUCUCUUCAUAGCCUAACAAAAACAUAGCGUUUGUUCACAGUUCAUUCAUUUAGUUGUCUGGCUGCAUAUCCAUAAGGACGAGUUAACAAGUUAUCCAGAUAUCUAAAAGUUCUUUGAGGCCAUGCAGGUGGUGAUCCGCCCGUUCCGUCCCUUGGAUAAGGACGCAGUACGCACUCUGUUCAGCAUCGGCAUCAAGGAGCACAUCAGUCCAUGUUUUCACAACGCCAUGACCAGCCCUUUUCACCGUGCUGUCACCCUGGCCCUGUUUGCCGUUGGCUAUCUCCUUGGCUCUAACAUAGGUGUCUUUGUGUUACCUGGAGUUUGGGUGGGCCUUGUCUACUACUGUUGUCAUGAGCUGUAUGCUAGCUUUGUCAAGGGGAAACUCCGCACAGACAUGCAGGACAUCCCUGGGAACUAUCAGAGCAAACCAGACGACUGUUUCUUGGUGGCUGAGGCUAAGGUUGAUGGGAGGCCUCAAAUCGUGGGUAUGGUGGCUGUACUGGCCAAACAAAGUGGAAAUGAGAAACAUGGGGAACUGUUCAGGAUGAUCAUCUCACAGUCAUGCAGACGGAUGGGUCUGGGCGUCAGGAUGGCUCAGACUGUGGUUGACUUUUGUAAGGAACGAGGUUUCUCCAAAGUGGAGCUGGAGACCAGUUCAAUUCAGACUGCUGCAAUUGCUCUGUACAAGAAACUGGGGUUCAAUGUUGUCCUUUCACAUACUGAAACACACACUUCCAGCUGGAUUGUAAAACUGACCAAGGUCACCAUUUUAAGAAUGGAAAAACAGCUGUAGUCCUGAGCAUGCCCAGUGAUCCCCGGGUGAUGGUUCUCUUCAUCAGUGGUCAAGUUUUUUCAUCAGUAACGCUUGACUGAAACCAAACUUUGUAAAUUGUGUUUCAUGAAAACAAUUGCCGUUUGAGCAAUGAAUCAAAACAAACCAAAGUGUCAGGUGAAGGCAAGUAUUCAGAUUCUUUACAAAAGUAUAAGCGCUAUCAAAGUUCUCUGGUUAAGUUAAAUACAUGCAAAAAAUAUGUUCGGCUAUAUGCCAUGUUAAAUAU